UAUCACUUGUCAUAUGGUCAUUAAAUUAUAAAUGCUUGGUAGCAUGAUGAAGGUUGAAUAUCUCACCCAAAUCUUGCACUUUAGAAAUUAAUAAAUAUUCUGCCCUACAGAGCAGUAGCCUGAAUAGUAUUACCCAAAUGCUGGUGUUUGUAGGAGAAGAGCCUUCAGUGAAUUGGGGAAAUGAUUUAUUUUUAAAAUAUUCUCUUUGCACAUGCUUGAUAGUAAGUCUCAUGGAAAUCACUGGGACUUCGUUUAGACUGAGUAACCAUAAAUAAAGAAAACCACAGAGAGGGGUGCAAUUUUGCAAUUGCAAAAUAUGAAGUUGAACUUGUCCUUUUCUUCAGGAAAUACUUUCAGAAUAUUUUAAGUGCAGCCACACACAAAAUGUGCAGUUGGAAAACAAUUUGUGAAGUGCGGAAAACAAACAGGAAAAAUUAGGAAAAUCAAAACAAUGGAAACUGGGACUGCCAUGGAAAAUGAAUGAAAACAUGAACAAAAAUCCAAGGGGUGUACUAUAAGGAAAGAAUGAUAAAUUCUUUGGCAUCCACAAGUUAGACAGGUUUUGGGCUUUGGUGACAUUGUCUUCAGAAAAGGACAUUCUUUACUGUACAAUACAGUAAAAUACCCUCAUCAAAACUGAGGAAAAAUGUAGUCUUGCAACAACUGGAAUGAAGUAGAACUACACAAUAUUUCUAUGGGUAGCUCACAAGAAGAGUAGUAACAUCAGAAGGAAGCCAUUCUCCUUGAGAAAGGAGAAGAAGGAGAAGAAAGAAAGAAGAAUCAAUCUCCAAGCAAAUAUACAGUAAUAGGCAGGUCCUUUACUGGCUGGAUUUAUGACUUGGCAGUCCUUGAAAGUAGUCAUGGCUUGUCUGGCACAUUCUUGGACUUCUUCAGGUUUACUUCUAACCUUGCACCUACUGCUAAUGCCUCCUAUUGCUAAAGCCACUUUAGUCAGCUACAAACCCAGCAUUGUCAUCUUCCUGGCUGAUGACCUUGGCAUUGGAGAUGUUGGCUGCUAUGGAAAUGAUACAAUCAGGACACCUAGUAUUGAUCGGCUAGCAAAGGAAGGAGUCAAACUUACUCAGCAUAUUUCUGCAGCUCCUCUCUGUUCUCCAAGCAGAGCUGCUUUUCUGACUGGCAGAUAUCCCAUUAGAUCAGGUAUGGAUUAUACAGAUGUGUUUCGUGUUUUUCAAUGGCUUGGUGGUUCAGGUGGUCUUCCUACAAAUGAGACAACUUUUGCCAAAAUAUUACAGAAGCAAGGCUAUACUACUGGUUUGAUUGGAAAAUGGCAUCAAGGUGUGAACUGCAAAUAUCGUAAUGACCACUGCCAUCACCCUUUAAAUCAUGGAUUUGAUUUUUAUUAUGGAAUGCCAUUUUCACCCAUGGGUGACUGUCGCGUGACCGAUCCUCCAGAGAUGAAUAUGGCCCUGCGGAUAAAGCUCUGGUCUUACACGCAGAUGAUUGCUCUUGCUGUCCUCACUCUUAUAGCAGCAAAACUGGCUCACCUGAUGUCCAUCAGCUGGAAAUUUAUCUUCCUUCUCACUUUGUUUGGUUCCUUAUUCUUUAUUUCCUGGUUCUCAAGUUAUGGAUUCAUAAGAUACUGGAACUGUAUCAUGAUGAGAAAUUAUGAAAUUACAGAGCAGCCAAUGAAGGUAGAGAGAGCAGCUCCCCUCAUGCUAAAGGAGGCCAUGUCUUUUGUUGAAAGAAACAAAGAAGGGCCAUUCCUCCUAUUUGUUUCUUUCUUGCACGUUCACACAUCAUUGGUUACCACAGAAAAAUUCAUUGGCAAGAGCAAACAUGGUCUGUAUGGUGAUAAUGUAGAAGAGAUGGAUUUUAUGAUAGGAAGAAUUCUGGAUGUAUUGGACAACAACAACUUGACAAACAGCACACUGGUAUAUUUUGCCUCUGAUCAUGGUGGACACUUAGAGGCUAAAGAAAGAAAUGCCCAGUGGGGUGGUUGGAAUGGCAUUUAUAAAGGUGGAAAGGCCAUGGCUGGCUGGGAAGGAGGAAUCCGUGUCCCUGGAUUAUUCAGAUGGAUGGGAGUGCUCCCCAAGCAAAAGGUUAUUGAUGAACCUACAAGCUUAAUGGAUGUUUUCCCCACGUUAGUAAAUCUAGCUGGUGGAACAGUACCUCAGGACAGGAUAAUUGAUGGUCGGGAUUUGAUGCCUUUACUGCAGGGAUUGGUUCAGCACUCAGAGCAUGAAUUCAUGUUUCACUACUGCGGAAUACUUUUACAUGCCGUGCGGUGGCACCAGAAGGACAGUGGAAAUGUGUGGAAGGCCCAUUAUGUGACACCCAUUUUUCAACCCAAAGGAUCUGGUGGUUGCUAUGACAUUAGAUUUUGUCCUUGUUCUGGAGAACGUGUAGAACAUCACAGUCCUCCUUUGCUUUUCGAUCUUUCAAGAGACCCAUCAGAGGCAGUCCCUUUGUCACCUGAUACUGAGCCGCUAUUCCACAUGGUUUUGAAAAGAAUAGAGAAAGCCGUGGAGGAGCACCAGAGGACCCUCACUCCUGUCCCACAGCAGCUGUCUUUCUAUAGUGUGGUGUGGAAACCAUGGUUGCAGCCUUGCUGUGGGACAUUCCCCUUCUGUGGCUGUGACAAAGAAAAGGAAAAGAGGGAGCACUUUUAAAAUUAAACAUGUUGAAAUACUUGGUAUUUUAGACCAUAAUGAUGUCUGCUAAAAUAGGAAGUAUUUUGGAACAAACAGUGUAGCUGCCCUUUCCCACUGCCCCAUAAUCCAAAUGCUGGGAGUAGGAACAAUUGCUAAUAGAAAAAAGUAAUAAACAGAAAUGACCAAGAA